GGUCAAACGUCAAAAAUUGACUGCAAAAGGAAACUGAGAAAAGUGAUAAUAAUGUAAACACGAAUAAAUAAUAGUUCUAAUUCUCAAAUAAGUUGACGAUAACAUUACUUACCUUGUAUAUGAUUAUUUGAAUUAUACAAAAAUGGAUCCAGCACUGUUACGUGAACGAGAAGCGUUUAAGAAAAAGGCACUUUCAACACCGACUGUUGAGAAAAAGAAGAAAGAUGAAUCCCAAUUCAAAGAUGACACUAAAAAGAAAUCAAAAUCAUCCAGUUCAGCUAGUUCUGGGCCAAAAUUGGAUGCAUCCAACUAUAAAACGAUGACUGGUAGUUCGGCAUACCGUUUUGGUGUAUUAGCAAGAAUCGUGAGACACAUGAGAGCCAGACACCAAGAUGGUGACGAUCACCCUCUUACCUUAGAUGAGGUCCUCGAUGAGACAAAUCAACUUGAUGUUGGCAAUAAAGUGAAACAGUGGCUACAGACAGAGGCUCUACAAAAUAACCCCAAAAUAGACUGCACCCCAGAUGGAAAAUAUAUAUUCAAGCCUGUAUAUAAAAUAAAGGACAAGAAAUCGUUAUUAAGGUUGUUAAAGCAACAUGACUUGAAAGGACUUGGUGGUAUACUAUUGGAAGAUGUCCAAGAAUCAUUACCACAUUGUGAGAGAGCAUUAAAAAGUUUGGCACAAGAGAUACUGUACAUCACGAGGCCCACAGACAAGAAGAAAAUAUUAUUCUACAAUGAUAAGACUGCUACAUUAGAUGUAGAUGAAGAAUUCGUAAAACUAUGGCGUGCUACAGCAGUAGAUGCCAUGGAUGACGCCAAGAUAGAGGAAUACUUGGAGAAGCAAGGCAUCAAGUCUAUGCAGGAUCAUGGCCCCAGGAAACCUAUAGCACCCAAACGAAAGAAGGUCGCACAGAAACGACGCCAGUUCAAGAAACCGAGGGAUAAUGAACACUUGGCUGAUGUUCUAGAAACAUAUGAAGACAAUACUUUGACUCAAAAAGGCGUUACUAUAAAAUAAAUUAAUUUAAGUUUGAGUUUGAA